GAGGCUGAGCGCAGUGAAGAUGAAGUUUGAGAAUAUUCUGGAGGAAAUCAACGGUUUUGGGCCUUUUCAAAUCCUCCUCCUCAUCCUGCUGUGCACCCCGCGGAUAGUUCUGCCCUGUCACUUCCUCCUAAAUAACUUCAUCGCUGCGCUGCCUCCUCAUCACUGUGACAUCAGCACCCUGAAUAACGGAGGACUCUUCAGAAAUUUAACUCACCAGCAGAGGCUGACCGUCAGCAUUCCCGUACAAGAAGAUGGGGUCCCAAAAUCCUGCGAGAUGUUUGCAGAGCCUCAGUUUCAGCUCUUAGCCAACAGCUCCGACAGCGCCGACCUGCCGACCGUCCGGUGUCAGAGAGGAUGGGUUUACGACAACUCCACCUUCACGUCCACCCUGGCAACAGAGUGGGACCUUGUCUGUGAUAGAAAAAGCCUGAGAAAAACCUCAAGCACAGUCUUCUUUGCUGGAAUAAUGAUCGGUGCCAUAGUUUUCGGAUUCCUCUGUGAUAAGUACGGGAGGAGAAACAUUCUGCUGGCCUCGUACAUCAUGUCCAUCGUGUUUGGCUUCUCCAGCGCGUUUGCAAACUCCUACGUUUUGUUCGCAGUGCUGAGAUUUCUCACCGGCUUCGGACUGACCGGAAUCGGCAUAAAUUCGAUGGUUCUCUGCAUUGAGUGGGUGGACACAGGUCAUAGGUCGUUUAUCAGCGUGAUUGGCAGCCUGUCCUGGGCUGUCGGUAACAUGCUGCUGGCUGCGUUUGCCUAUUUGGUGAAUGACUGGCGGACGCUGAUCAUGACGGUCACAGCUCCUCUGGGCUUUGCAGUUUUGACCUGGUGGUGGAUUCCUGAGUCUGCACGCUGGCUUUUAGUCAAUGGUAAAGUGAAGAGAGCCCACUUUUAUCUUGACAAAUGUGCCAAGUUCAACAAAAGACAAAAACUGUCAUCCAAAUUUAAAGAAGAGACACUCUCCAACAUAGAAAUCCUGGAAAAGCAGGACAAAAACUACACGUACCUUCACCUCAUCAAGACCCCAAAGAUGAGAAAGUUAACUCUUCUGACUGGGAUUAUGUGGUAUGGCAUUUCCUCAGCAUAUUAUGGAAUCAGCCUGAACAUCAGUGGAUUUGGUUUAAACAUACACCUCACACACUUCAUCUACGCGGCCAUCGAAGUCCCUGCCAAGCUGAUGAUCUAUUGCCUUCUUAACAUCAUUGGACGGAGGAAGUGCCAAGCCAGCAUGGUGUUACUGACGGGCAUCUGCAUCGCCAUAAACAUCUUUUUACCGAAAGGUCUGUGGCACAUGCGUGCUGUUGUUGCCGUUCUUGGAAAGGGCCUAUCAGAGGCUUCCUUCACGAUUGUCUUCCUCUACACAUCAGAGCUUUACCCCACAGUGCUCAGACAAAAUGGUUUGGGCUACACCAGCUUUGUGAGUCGUCUGGCAGCGUCUGUGGCUCCGCUGAUCCUGAUGCUGGAGGACGUGUGGACUCUUCUUCCUCAGAUCAUCAUCUGCUCUUUGUCCAUCACCUCUGGCCUGGCGGCUCUGCUGCUUCCAGAGACGCAGAAUGUGAGGCUGCCUGAGACAAUAGACGACAUUGAGAAGCCGAGAGGAAGUGAGGUCUCCCGUCGCUCUGUGGAGGCUGCGGAUGUGUUUCUGGAAUCAAAGAGCACAACAGACACAGAAAAGUAAAACCAGGACUUUAUGUACUCAUGCAACAUAUAGAACUACCACGACCUUACUGCCUCCUGCACAUGUAAACAGAGGAGACCAGCACACUGUUAUCAUGGAUAGCACAUCAUGUCUUCUCUGCUAUUGGUGAGAAAACUCAAAAUCUAUGUGUU